AUGUCUCGUUUCACGUUUUCUCCGAGUCACGCCGCCGCCGCGCCCUUCCCUGGUCUUCCCUUCGUGCCUCGUUUUAUCGCCUCUCCGCCGGCCAAUCAGGCCAAAACGAAGCUCCUUACAUGCUACUAUUGGGCGACUUACGGAAGUGAAUUGACGUGUAUAGAGCCGGCGGUGGCAGGCCGCAACGCUGCCAGAGCGCAGCCGACUUAUACCAACUGGCGGCUGCAAACGCCGCAAACCGCCUCAUUCCCACCACAUCUCGCCCACCAACUCCGACACAUCCAUAACAAGGCAUCCCAGCAUGACCUUAGCACCCUACCAAGCCAGACUCAUACACCUUCUCCAUCGACUCUGCAAGCGCCAGACUUCACACCGGCGAAGUCACCUUUCACGCCUUCUGUCACUCAAUACACACCUUCAACAUGGCCGCUUCAGACAGGAGAUUCGACGCUUUGUGACACAGUUACGCAUCUAUCGCAAGCUCUUGAUGACGCAAUCAACCACUUCGAAUUCACAAGUCAAGGCUUGAUCGAACAAUGCGGCCAGUCAAUUCAGGCGAUUGCAGCAUUCGAAGAGAGGUACAAGCUCCGUGACGGCGUCACCGACACACCAUAUUCGGGCCCUGACCGCUUCAAAGAAUCGACAAAGCAACUCUUGCAGAUAACGCAGUAUCAAAUACUGACAGCCGAAGCUCUCAACCGUCAGAAAGCGGACCUGGCAAGACAUCUCGACAACGCUGGACACGCCGGUUUAGUCCCAUCUAGCUGGCUAGAGAAGGUCAAGGAACAGCCAAGCCCGACACCAGAUGACACGCAGGCAGUACAGAGCGCGAAGGGACAGGCUUAG